CUCUAGCGACAGGCACCGUCCUAACAGCGAAAAGAUUCGCUUUAUGGAUACCUUCCUCUGCUUCCCCCUUCAAGAAGUAACCAUGCUGUUUUUCACAAGAAAGAAAGAGGAAAAAAACGGUGAGAGAGAAAGCAAGGGAGAUCAGAAGGAUCCAUGGACAAGAGCAGCAACAUCGGCCAUCGGUUGAAGCAUCGAAUAGCUCAGAUGCUUCUCAGCUCCUCCUGCACGACCACCGGUAUAAUAAACUUCUCUGAUAAAAUCUCUCACGAGCCCGUCUUCCCCGCCAGCAACCGCCAUGUCCACCAUCGAGGCAAGCUCGACCAUCUCCCGCAUCGCAUGGCUCCCGUCGUGCAGGUCUCCAUUGAUUGCAGCAGCCGCAGGUCCGUUCGUGCCCCCAGCCCGAACCUUCCCCUGACUACAGAGCAGGGGAAGAGGAAUCAGAAGAAGGAGAGGAGAGUUACGGAAACUGGAGUUGUCUACGAAACUGGAGCAGGGGAGGGGAGGAAGUGCCCUCCUGCGUCGCCUUCUUCUCCCUCCAAUGAUCACUACUACUCCCACUCCAAAGAGAGGAAGAAGGCAAUGACUAAGAAGAAGGACAAGUUUGCAAGCAAGAAAAAGACGCUGCUUUCCAAUGGUUAUGGAUUUAGCAGCUCCUCUUUGAGCGGCUCCAACUAUGAAUAUGGCUUCUUCAGCGGUGAAGAAGGGGAGGAGGAGGAGGAAGAAGAGGAAGAGACGCGGACCCUCUUCUCGUCCAAGAGCUUCUCUUCCGACUCGUCGGAGUUCUACCACCGUGCUUCAUCCAAGAAGAAGACCAAGAACAAGAAGUCCACCAGGCGACCGCCGAGAAAAGGCGCGAGGGGGGAGGAGGAGGAGGAAAUGGCGGCGGUGGCUCGGAGCGGGUCUGCGGUGGUGAAGCGAUCGAGCAAUCCAUACGAGGAUUUCCGGAGUUCGAUGUUGGAGAUGAUCAUAGAGACGCAGAUGAGUGAACCCGAGGAAUUGGAGCAGCUCCUCCACUCCUACCUCUCCCUGAAUCCACCUUCCCAUCAUGCGGUCAUCCUCGAGGCCUUCGCCGGCAUAUGGGAAGCCAUCUUCGGCGAGUUAUGAUCUCUUCCAUUUGCCAUGUUAUCACAAUGUUUUUGUUCUCGUCCUAAUAGCAUUGCUUUCUAACUGUAAUUCUAUGUUUCAAGUUCUAGUGUUUUGCUCUGAAAUAUAUCAUUGUAUCCACUAGAUUCAGUUCCUCCGCUAUUAAUCGUGAACUUUGUGCUAUAGAUCAAGAAAAAUAACAGUGAUAGGCGAUCUCUCUGAGAAGAGGAAGAUGGAGAGAGAGUCCUCGCAAGCUUUAAGUUCUGUUUUGCAUUGUGUCGUUUAAUGGCAGAAAGGAAGGAAGAGGUUGUAGCGUUGGACCCUUGUGGAAACGCCGGUUAGAGAAGAGAGGAGUCCGGGUUCCCUGAGAUCAAUUGGGAAUCCGGGACUUGUUAAAUGGCUCGGCGUCGUGCAUUUCAAUAAAUUAAAGCGAUUUUUGUUGCA